CUUUCCCUGCCUCCCCAAAAAGAGGCUGCACAGUGCUCCAUGUCCCACAUCCACGCUGCCUGCUGGCAAAGGGAGCAUGUUCUGAUCUCCUGGGAUGCCAAGGGAGCACGAGCCCAGCACAGGCACCACAAAAGGGGAUAAACCACGACAACCCCAAGCUGCUGCCUGGGCUGGAGCAAUGAUAAGUUACACCGUGCAAGCACAUUCCCUUUGGGGUUAUCUCUGCAUUUCCACCUGGCACUGCCCCAGGGAGGUUGGGAACUUUCUUCCAGUGCAUUUAAUCCCACAAGGGCGGGGGAAUGCAGGUGUAAAGGUCAGUGGUGCAAGAGCUGUGGAGAGCUGCCUGGACUUCAGCCUUCCCUUCAAAUGCACAAGAGAGAAACCCAAGGGAAAUUCGGCCGAGGGCUGAGCAGGAAGGCACAGCACUGAACUGCAAGGCAGAAGAAGAUAGCUUCAACUUCUUUGCAUGCCCUGUUUUGGGCUGGAAAAGGGAAUGAAUGGAAGCAGCAGAACAGUGAGGUUUAAAAGCACCUCCUCGUUUCCCCCCAUGGAGGAGGGAGAUUCCUGGACCCUCAUUGUGGAUUUAGCACAGCGGGAAGAGCAAUGAGCAGGAUCUUGAACCAGGAGCUGGCCAUGGCUUUCUCCAGGACACUUUUCCUUCGUGGACACCUGCCAGAGAAGAGCAGAGGCCAGCAUGGUCCGGCGGGUGGCCGUGAUCGGGGCUGGGGCUGGGGGCUUGGCCUCUGUCAAGAGCUGCCUGGAGGAGGGUUUGGAGCCCACCUGCUUCGAGAGCAGCGAGGACAUCGGCGGCGUCUGGCGCUACACGGACUCCAGGGACAGCAGGAGGGUCAGCGUGUACCGCUCAGUCAUCACCAACACCUCCAAGGAGAUGUCCUGCUUCAGCGACUUCCCCUUCCCCCAGGACUUCCCCAGUUACCUGCCCCACGGCCUCGUCCUGGAAUACUUCAGGAUGUACGCCCGGCACUUCGGCCUGCUGCGCCACGUGCGCCUCCAGACAAGGGUUCUCAGCGUGAGAAGACGCCCGGAUUUCAGCGCCUCAGGCCAGUGGGAGGUGGUCACCGAGGCUGGUGGUGUCCGUGAGUCCCACGUCUUCGAUGCUGUCAUGGUUUGCACCGGCCAUUACCAGGAGCCCUACUUGCCACUGGCUUCUUUCCCAGGCAUUGACAGUCGCUUCCAAGGGCAGUGCCUGCACAGCCGGGAGUACAGAGACGUGCAGGAGUUCCGAGGAAAGCGGGUCCUGGUGGUCGGCAUCGGCAACACCGGCGGCGACCUCUCCGUGGAGCUGAGCCGUGUGGCUGCCAAGGUGUUCCUCAGCACCAGGAGCCACACGUGGGUGCUCAGCCGGGUCUCAGAGCACGGCUUCCCCCUUGACAUGGUCGGCACCACCCGCUUCAACCACCUCCUGGAGUGGCUUCUGCCAUCAGCCCUCACCAGGAGGAUCAAGUUUCGGAAGUUCAAUUCGUGGUUCAACCACACAAACUAUGGCUUGGCUUCCAGCAAAAGCUCCAAAUUUAAGAUGAUUAUCAACGAUGAGCUGCCAUUCUGCCUCCUCUCUGGGACUGUGGUGCUGAAGCCAAACGUGAAGGAGUUCACUGAAAGCUCUGCUGUUUUUGAAGACGGGACAAAUGAGGAAAACAUCGACGUGGUGAUCUUUGCCACGGGCUACAACUUUUCAUUCCCCUUCCUCGAGGAGUCUGUUGGCAGCGCCAUCGACGACAACCGUUCCCUCUACAAAUGCAUCUUCCCUCCCCAGCUGGAGAAGCCCACGCUGGCCAUCAUUGGCCUGAUCCAGCUGACAGGCUCCAUUAUGGUGGGGGCAGAAAUGCAGGCUCGCUGGGUGACAGGGGUCUUUGCAGGCUGGAACAAGCUGCCUCCCCCCAGCAGGAUGAUGGCUGAGGUUCUGAAGAGCAAGCCACCAGUGAAAAGGAAUCCAUCUGAGAGGGAGAACCUGAAGAUGAGUUUUAUCGGCUACAUGGACAAAAUCGCUGCGUGUGCCGGCGUCAAGCCCAGCGUGGUGAGGCUGCUCCUGACUGACCCCCAGCUGGCCCUGGCCAUCUUUUUUGGGCCCUGCUCCCCCUACCAGUACCGGCUGGUGGGCCGGGGCAGCUGGAGCGGGGCCAGGGCUGCCAUCCUGAGCCAGUGGCAGCGCACGCUGAAGCCCUUGAGAACUCGGGUGCUGGGUGACAGCUCCGGCAGCUCCGACAGCUGGUGCUGGAUGUGCCUCCUGGCCCUGCCAGCAGCUCUCACUGCAGGUUUUCUCUUCUCCAAAUACUCCUGGGCAGGUCCCCAGCUGUAGAGGAAACCUGGAGAGCCGCAUUGCCAGGUGAUCUGGGGAUGGUGCAAAGCUGUGCCACCUGUGCCAGGUGCUGCCAGAGGGCUGGAGAUGGCACCAGCAAGAGCCUGGAGCUGUCUGGUGUCCACCCAGCUCCUGCUGAUGAGACAUGGAACACUCACCCUGAACCAUUCUGGGAUGAACUGGUGAGCAUGAGGCCAGCUCUCCUCCCACCUGCUCCCAAAAAUUUUGGCAGAUCCACACCACCCUGAGAUUUUGUGAAACGUGAACUGUCGAGAGCCGCUUCUGUGUCUGAAAAGUUUUGGGACACGAAUAAACGUCACAGAUUUGGUC